AUGGAAAAAUCAGGCGAUGGGGUUGUAGGGAAACACAAGCAAAUUGCUCAGGAUUGGGAAGUUGAGUAUAAGCCUUUAUAUGAGCAGCUGAGAAGCAAAAAAGUAUUAACUGAGGAAAUAUGACAAGAAUCUGUAAACUCACUGGUGUCGCCUGAUGGGAUUAAUGAAGAGGACCUUGAAGUUUUCCAAUAUUAUGGUAAUAAAAGACUGCAAAAAGAUUCUGGAGGAAAAAUAAACAUAAAAGCCAGAGAUCUAGCCAAGUUUAGGAACGCAAGAAAAGAUAUAGUCUAUAAAGAAGAAGACCAGCUAACCUUAAAAAUUGUUCCAGCAGAGAGAAAAAGAUCCAGGACUCCACCCUUAGAAAAGUUUAAAAAAACUAUAAAAAUCAAGAAAAAUAGCCAAAAAAAUCCAGAAAAAGCUUGUAAUAAAUUAUAA